UCUGCAGCACCUGAGGAGGGGACAGGAGGAGGAAAGAGAGCAAGUCCACGAUAAGGAAGCUAUGAGCUGUGCGACAGAAGAGUGGUCCAGAAAAACCACAAGUCCUUGGACAACCUGUUUGAGAUUCUCAACAAAGAGAAGAGGCCGAUCCCAACCUCUGUGGCAGGUGUCAUCAAGGAUCACCUGCGGAAACCUGAAUAUGCAGCUCCAGGAAAAUUACCCUGCACUUAUCGAGCAGCAUGGCUGGAUCCAGAAUGCAUGACGAGGAUGAUGUCGCAGGCCUCAGUUCCAGGGAGCAGGACAAGACUUGUGGAUUUAUCUUGUGAUACUGCUUUGAAGCGGAUCUUCUCACAGAAGCAUGUGACACAUGCGUGUAGGAUGCAUUUGUGGCUUUAAAGACGAAGUACAGGAACAGACUGGAUGUUGGGCCUGAUCUCCGCCUGAAGUUGACGUCCAUUCAGCCAGACAUUCAACCCUCUUGUCAGAGGUGGAGUUUGUCACUGAGGAGUGUUCUGCAGUCUGUCAGUGAGCGUCUUGCUGUCGAAAGCAGAGCGAGGAGAAGAAGAAGUGCCAGAUGUCUGCAGAUCAGCUCCUGUAUGUGGAAAGGUGAAAAAAGCAGAAUCAUCAUUCAACCAGAGGAAAAUGCAGCUUCUUCUCAAGAGGAAUAACUCACUUAAGUCGUCCAUCAAACAGUUUCUGCAAGCGAUCCUGCUUUUGUCUGCAGCCGGUCUUUGAGGAUCCUGCAGUGACUGACAGUGAUGGCUUCACAGGGUGAAAUACAGGCCUGGACGCUGCUUGCAGUGCUUCUGCUGGGAAUGACCUGCUCUUUGCACGGCUCCCUCGUGAAAGUCAACAAGGGGCUUAAGGUGAAACGGGGUCAGUCGGCCUACCUUGAUGAGGGCGACCUGCAGUUCCAUAUUCCUCGUCAGAAGGAUGCGUGCAAGGUGGAGGUGGUGUUAAAUGAGCCCAUAACUCAGCGAGUGGGAGAGCUCAUGCCUCAGGUUUUUUAUUGCCAUUAUCUGGCUGAUGAGGUGAAGUAUGUCCACAACGGAUGUCCAUUGUUAAAAGAGGACACUGUCAAGCUUCGACUGUACAGAUUCACAGAGACAGAGACACACAUGGAGGUGUUUACCCUUCAUGUGGACAUUGUAGACCCUGAAUGCAGCAUUAUAAGGCUUGGGCCUAAAUCCUUGGAGGUGCCUGAAUUCUACAGCCUCUCUGAUGCACUCGAUGGCAAUGCGCUGUCUUUCCACUAUGAGCGGAGGUCUAGCCUGGAGUGUAGCAUCCAUCUGAGCAGCCAUGACACCCACCUGCCAGCCCAUGGCCAGCUGGUCACUGGGGAGCCAGAGAAAGCCACCAAGAGAGGAGACGAGCCAGAGAGCUUCAUCCAUUUACGUCAGCAACUAGAUAAUAAAGCCAGAGCGACGUGUAAAUCUGAGGACUGCCUAAAGGGUCUGAAGCUGGUUAAGAUGACCAAGAUUCCCUGUGAUGACUUCCUGUUAAUGGGACUUAAGUAUCAGCACAUAGACCCUCCUUCUCCAGAUAUAGAUUAUAUCACAAUUAGACUGGACCUCAAGGACUCCAGGAGUGGCGGCAUAUACAAGUCUGAACAGAUCUGGAUUCCAGUGCGGAUAGUUGGUGCAAUGCCCAAUCAGCCUCCGAAGCCAUCCUUCAUGUCCAUGUUCAUCCUGGAAGUGGACCAGUUCGUCCUCACGCCGCUCUCCACUGCUACACUAGAUGCUGAAGAUGAGGAAACUGUCAAACAGCUCUUGGUUUUCAACAUCACCAAACCCCCUGUGGACGGCUUCAUCACUCAUCUGUCCGAUCACACCCGCCCAAUCUCGUCCUUCACGUGGCUGGAUCUCAAUGACAUGCUCAUUGGGUAUCAACCUCCGAACUCUUCUCAUACUCAACGCAGGAAUUACGAGGUGGAAUUUGAGGUGCAUGAUUUUUUCUUUGAGAAGAGCCCAUCAAUGACUGUUCACGUGUCUGUAAGGAAUGCAGACACAAACGCACCCAGAGUUUCCUGGAACAUGGGUCUAAGCCUAUUAGAGGGUCAGUCUCGUCCAAUAACGUGGGAGCAGGUCCAGAUUGUGGACAACGACAACCUGAAAGCUGUUCGUAUCAUCACCGUGGACGGUCUGCAGCACGGAAGGCUCACUGUUAGAGGUGGAAAAGGCUUCAUGUUCACUGUGAACGAUAUCAGAGCAGGCGUGGUUCACUAUCACCAUGACGACAGUGACUCAACCAAAGACUUCAUUAUCUUCCGCAUCACUGACGGCCGUCAUCAGACUCGGCACAAAUUCCCCAUCAACAUCCUGCCGAAGGAUGACAGCCCUCCUUUCCUCAUCACCAACAUGCUGCUGGAGGUGUCUGAGGGCCAAACAGCUCUGCUCAUGGGCUCCACCCUGCAGGCUUCAGACAUGGACUCCAGUGACGACUACAUCCUAUUUAACAUCACCCGCCCGCCGCAGGCAGGAGAGGUCAUGAAAAUCCCAGGGCCGGGGCUCACAGGUUACCCUGUCAGCCACUUUCUGCAGAGGGACCUGUCACAGUCCUUGGUUUACUAUCGAAACUUUGGAAACGAGGUGUUUGAUGAUUCUUUUGAGGUGGUGCUGUCUGAUUUCCAUGACCCCCCAAACCUGUCAGAGCCGCAGAUGGUGCUGGUGCACAUAGAAGCUGUUCCAGACCAACCACCUAAAGAGGUUCCUGGUUCCAGCCGGUGUCUCGUGAUCAAAGAAACAGAAGUGGUCCAUAUAACACGACAACAGCUUCACUUUGUAGACCAGGAGUCCCCCGAAAGUGAGCUGACAUACACAGUCACUACUCCACCUUUCCACACUGGUCCUCACAGCACUCCUGAUGCAGGGAGAUUGUUCCUGGUGGACAGUAUACCCAAAUUCACCAAAGACUCCACUGCACCUGUUCUGAGGCUCUUCACACAGCAUGCAGUGAACUUCAUGAAAGUAGCCUACAUGCCUCCAAUCAUGGACAUCGGCCCUUACCCCCAGCACAUCCAGUUUGUUCUCUCUGUCACCAACCGUCUGGGUAAAACAGUCACUGGUAUCUGCUUCAACAUCACUGUGACACCAGAAGACAACCAGCCACCACAGGUCAUCACCAAUGCUCUGACUGUGGAUGAGGGCGGGGAGUGCUGGCUUGGCCCAGAACACUUGCUGCUCUCAGAUAUGGACUCUAUGGAGGAAGCCCUGCGGGUGGCGCUGCAGAAGGAACCACAGCAUGGAGCCCUGCAACUCGGCGGCCUCCUACUACAACCAGGCCAGGCAUUCACUGUGCAAGACGUGAAAAGCUUUAAAGUUAGUUACAAUCAUGACAACUCAGAGACUGUAGAGGACAACAUUGAACUCUCUGCAACGGAUGGAACCAAUUCAGUCAGUUUCAUCCUGGAAGUGAAGGUGAAGCCCAUUAAUGAUGAGGUCCCGGUGUUGGUCGCUGGUUUGAAACCAGUUCUCAACUGCGCCGAGGGUCAGGACAUCACCAUCACAGCAGAGUACAUCUUUGCUUCUGAUGCAGACAGCGACAACAGCAGCCUGGCCUUCUUGAUUGCGCGGCAGCCGUACCACGGCGUGGUGCUACGAAACGGUGUCGUGGUCGAUCACUUCCUCCAGGCAGAUAUCAUAGCAGGGAUCAUCACCUACAAACACACAGGAUUGGAGAUUGGUCUCACUCCUCGCCAUGACACCAUCACAUUUGUCAUUUCGGAUGGCGAAACAGAAAACUCUGCUCUGUGCUGCAAGGAAGGAAAUCCCACCAGGACCAGAGGUACAGCACAGCACCGGGACAGCCUCCCUGUGUACGACCUCCAGAUCACGGUGUUUCCAGUAAACAGCCAAGCACCUUCAUUGGCAACAGGAGACAUCUUUCUGGUGGAUGAAGGUGGAACUGCCCAGAUAACUUCUUCCCAUCUGAAGGCCUCUGACGUGGACACCGUCCUGGAUGAACUGGUGGUCAGUCUGAUUUCGCCACCCCAGUUUGGUUACAUUGAAAAUGUCCUUCCAAGUCCUGGCUUUGAGAAAAGUAACACUGGCAUAAGCAUAGCCUCGUUUUCAUACAAAGACAUCGUUGACGGUCACGUGAACUAUGUACAGUCCAGACACCUGAGGAUGGAGCCCACAGCCGACCAGUUCAUGCUCUGUGUGUCGGAUGGUAAACACAGCUCUGCGCAUGUGCCCUUCUUCAUUAUCAUCAAUCCAACAAACGAUGAGAUCCCAGACUUUGUGGCUCGCAAUAUCACAGUCCGAGAAGGAGAAACGAAGCAGCUGGACCUGUCUGUGUUGCACGCAGCCGAUCUGGACAUCCCCAGGAACGUCCUGCUGUUCAGCAUCAUUAAAGCCCCUCAGCAUGGCAGCAUCAUCAACCACAACAGUGAAAGGCCUGUCAGCAGGAGACGAGAGGCUAGUCCCCACUCACCUGUGGUCGACUUUACAAUGACAGAUCUGGCUAAUGGUAUGGAUCUGAUGUAUAUGCAUGAUGACUCCGAGAAUAUGGAGGACACUUUCACCAUCCAGUUGACGGAUGGCCGGCACCAGCUCCACAGACAAGUGAUGGUUAAAGUGCUGCCAGUCAAUGAUGAGGAACCACGGACUAUAAGGAACAAUGGGCUGGAAGUGGAGCCAGGUGAGACAAGGCUCAUAUCCAGUGUAACACUGUUUGCACAGGAUGGUGAUAGUCCCUCUUCAGAGGUCAUGUACAUAUUUGAGAGUGUUCCGACCCAAGGACUACUUCAACUUAAGGAGGGUCAGGACUGGAUGACGCUGACAGCUGGAAGAAAUUGCUCCCAGGAAAUGGUGGACAUGAACCUUCUGCGCUACGUGCACACAGGCCUGCACGGCACCACAACACAGGACUUCUUUGUCUUCCACUUGCUGGACGGAAAGAAUCAAUCACCACCACAGCACUUCCACAUCUCUGUCAAAGAUCUUGAGAAAGGAAACAUCGCCAUCUUUGCAAAACCAGUGAACGUCAGUCGUGGUGAUCGCGUGGUUCUUACCACGGACGUGCUGUUGGCCACAGACGGCACAGAAAAGCCAGAGGAGCUUAUAUAUGUCAUCACCAACCCUCCUGUUCAGGGACACAUAGAGUACAUCAAGCAUCCUGGACUGGCCAUCUCCACCUUCAGCCAGAUGGACAUAGCAGCAAACCUCAUAGCUUAUGUGCACGACAAUCGAGCAAACGCACACAGAGAAACCUUACAGUUUGUUGUGAGUAAUGGGAAGACCAGCCGAAAUGGAAGCUUUGAGGUCACAGUGGAAAUGGUGGAUCGAGUUCUGCCAUCGCUGUCCUCCAACAAAGGCGUAACAGUCCCCCAGGGUUCCUCCAUCAUCCUGGGUCCUGACUGCCUGGCCCUUUCUGACCCAGACACUCCACCAAGCCUCCUGACCUUCACCCUCCUCCAGCCUCCACAGUAUGGCAGGCUGCUUUUAGCGGGCACCACCCUAACUACGGGAUCAAACUUCACACACAAACACAUACAACAGAUGGAGGUAUCAUAUGAACAUGACGGUGGGCCGUCACAGAUCGACCGGUUUGCCUUCACGGCCUCUGACAGCACCAAUCGAGGCUUCCUCCUCGAUGGGCGGUUACAUUUGGAACCAGUUUUCUUCACCAUUCAGAUCAAGCCUUUGGAUAAGUCUGCUCCUGCGGUUGUGAAGCUACUCCCUCUUUGGAAGGCAGAGGUUUUAGGAGAUGGACGAUAUGGGAUCUAUCUGUCAUCUCGGGAGCUGAAGGCCAAAGACAGCGACAGCGGAGAAGAAGAGCUGAUAUUCUGCAUCGUUCGCCCGCCCUACUUUGGUUACCUAGAAAACAUGACUACAGGUGGCUUUGUGCCACGGCGCUUCUCUCAGGCGGAGCUGAACAAGAGAACCAUCAUCUAUAUCAUCGAUCCAGACAGGGAGUCUCUCUCAGACAGUCUGGAGUUUACAGUGUCUGAUCCUCUAGGGAACACAGGGCCCUCUCACAUCCUGGAAUUCAGCUGGUCCAGCGUGGAGCUGUCUCUGUCUCAGCUCUCUGUAUGUGAGGAGCAGGGGGGUGUCUUGCUGGACAUCAUCCGCAAAGGAAACUUGGCAGAGUCAUCAUAUAUCACUGUCAAGGUGAGGGCUGUGACUGCAACAGCUGGUAAAGACUUCCUCAUAAGUCCAUCUUCCCUCAUUCAGUUUGAUCCAGGAGUGUCAAAGAGGAGCUGGCAAAUAGAGGUCAUUCAGGAUUACCUUGAGGAGGAUGAGGAAAUGUUUGAAGUGCUACUCGUCUCCCCUGAAGCCACAACAAUAGGCAGCAUCAACAUGGCUCAAGUCACCAUCAGGGAUUCUGGAAGAGGGCAGUGCAGGCUGAACCAGGAUGAGGAGGCUCCUCUCCUUGGAGGAAAAGAGAUAAGGUCAGACACCUAUCCCCAACAUGGAUCCAUUAAACUGGAAAAGCUUCCCUUAGGCACCGAAUCAGUCCUCUGGGCCCGUGGAGACAGCAUCUCCAGGCCUGCAAGUCUCCCAAAAAAGAAACUCAGAGUUAUGGGCAAUCCAAAGUCUAUUGCACCGUCCUCCGUUUUUCACAAUGGAACAGAGAUUGUUUACACGUAUCAUGGCAUCAUGCAAGUGCAAGUAGAGGAUGACACCUCCCCAUCGAGGAAGGGCAGAAAAGCAAACAUUCGGGUUGUUAGCAGAGGGGCACAGCAGCACACGUCAGCAGUGAUAACUGAAUCCAAACAGGAUCCUCAAAGAAAGAUCUCAGAACGUCGGAAAACUGGACUGGCUAAAGGACAUGCUUCAGCUGAUAACUCCAUCCCCAAGCCCUGUGUGCCAGCACUGAUGGGUCUCCUGCAUUUCAACCAAACCACUAAUCAGCUCUUUCACUGCAACGGUGUGUCCUGGAAACCUUGGACACCAACUGAUCAGGUGAUGGGAGCUCAGAAGUGUCCUCAGGGCUGGACCUUUCAUAGUGGCCAGUGCUACACCCUCAGCACUGAGCACAAAGCUACCUGGAGCACAGCUAACAGAGCCUGCAGGGAGAGAUAUAAAGGAAGUCUAGCAAGUGUUCUCUCUAAAGAUGACAUGGACUGGUUGUGGGACUUCAGCGGAAGAAAACCAUUUUGGAUUGGUCUGAAUGACAGGGAAGGCCGAGGACGCUGGGAGUGGGCCGGCGGCGAGCCGGUCACCUACACCAACUGGAGAAAAACGCCCCCACGGUCAAAAAUGAAGGGAAGCAAAAAGUGCAUCCUGGUGUGGAAAAGAGCCAAGUGGCAGAUACGGGACUGUAAAACCAGCAGGGGUCAUCGCUUUGUGUGUGCAGUCAAGACUUGAAUGUGACAGUAUCACAGCCAUGAACCGCUCACUGUGGGGUUUCAGAGGAGUUGCAGGAAGGACUCAUUCUCAGGACGUUGACAUGACGAUCAGUGGGAACUUUGCAGGAACUCGCUAUGAUUUAUUAUGAACUUUGUGACAGUUAUUGUGUCUAAAAAGUAACCUGCUACACUAUGUGACACUGUUUACACAGCAUUUAUUCUCAUUAGCCACUGAAAGUAUUGGCAUAUACUAUAUUUAAAGCUCAGAAGAAAAUUCUUAAAACUUAUUUAGCAUCUUUUAGACCAAACCAGGGCUGGAUUAACAACAGGGGCCCCAGAUACACAAAUUUGUCAACUAGUUUGUGGUGUAGCCGCAUUGUUGCAAAUGAGUUUGUUGAUAUUGUAGUUUGUAUAACAUUACCUGAAGUGUCCAAAAGUUAUAAAACUUUUAUACUUUUAAUUUAUGUUGUGCUUACACUGUACAUGAUGAGGUUGUGUUUAAUCAGAUUACAGACUGACGUGGUAUUUAAGCAGAAUAAUGUAAAUACCAUGUCUACUCUCUGUACACACUAGUGGUGUGUACAGAGGGAGGGGAGGGAUCAAUCUCACUCAAUCGCUAAAGUCUAACGAUGAAUAAGACUCUGGGAUUAUAUUUCAGUGCCUCGGGUGUAGGAUGUGGAGAUUCUUUCCUGCUCAAACGCAAUUGGCAAAACUAGAAAUCCCACAAAUGUUGUCCCUCACCUACAGAUUCAGUGUAUUCAAAUACAGGAUCUGUUUUUAGAGAUUAGGGAGGGGUCAACUGGAGAGUAAAGCUUUUCCCAUCUCAUGGGCAGAACUAUCUAUGUAGUAAUCUAUGCAUUUCCACUUUUAUUUUGCUUAUUAACUUUUUAACGGAUCUGCCUUUCAACUGUCUUUGAUAACUAGGAUGAAGCUGCACUUAUCCAACAUAUUUAAAGUCUAAUAUUUUUUGCAUUAUCAGCUAAUGGAAUAUUAAGUUCAAGUUAAUUACUCUUACAGUACUGGCAGGAGUCAAAUCUAGAAUUCCCACAGUUUGAGUUCAGACAACAGACACAAAUCUGUGAUGACUCUGUUGUUUAGAUCUCUGCCAGUGGGUCCUGCAAACCACAGGGUUAGGCAGAAAUGUGAUUAUCCCCAGCAUGUGAUCUCCAGCGUCGGUAUGAAAGGAGGGCUUUUAUGUGAGCUGUGAGCAGUUCUCAGAGGUUUGGAUGCACUGGAAAGAGACACCGUUCUCAGCUCCUCGGCUCGGUGAGUCUGACUCAAACUCAACAGAUAUACAUGUGUAUGUGUUUAUAGAUAAAUGUCAACUGGUUGUUGUUAUUGAUCACCAGGCUGCCGUAAAUUAUUUAAAAAAGAGAUAUUUCUAAACCGUACAGUACAAAAGCAGCUUUUAAAACAUCAUUCAGUCGGGCGGAGUGUCUUGUGUCAGUCACAUUUCCACUCAUCGAGCUGCAGCAUGCUUAUUAUCAGCAGGCGUAUGUUUUAAUUUUUCACAUUAAUCUUUCAUGUGCUAUAACACCAUGUGGUUGCUGCUGUGCAUGGAGUUCCCAACAUUAUUUCAAGGCUGUUUCUUAUGAAAAUUGAUUUUUUUUCCAGAUACAUAUGUAAGAUGCUGUUAUUGUGUCUGCUGGAUAACCAUGCCACUCCAUUGACUCACAAAAAUGUGAUCUGUACACCAGCUAAAAUGCUCGUGUUCGUGCACAAGGUGUUGGGAGGAGUCUUUUGCACUUUGGGUUUAGCUUAUCCCUUUCAGACUUUUUUAUCUGUUGCCCCGAUUCAACAAUCUACAUUCAAGGCGUUUUAAAAGCAGAAAGACUGAAAUGAAAUACCUUGAGAUGGGGGAAUAUCAAGACUCCCAGAAUUGCUUACACUUCCCCAUAAUUGAAGUAGCCUAGUUGAGAAUAACCCUUGCAACAUCAUGUUAUCUCUCAAACGUCAGACAGAGAGAGACAGUAUCCAAAGUCAAAGUAAUUUCCAUGCUGGUCUUGUUUGUAGUUUUAUUACAGCGUGUUAAUAAUUGUAUCACUGAGAAAGAACUACAACACAUAGAAACAUUAAUUAUUAUAUAUGCCAUAAUCAAUACCUACCUGAACUUACUGUAUUUAAGACUGAGUACAUGAUAUUUUUUCAAGAGUUUUCAUAUUUUUGAAGGCUUUUUUUAUACUAUUAAUGUCAAUAACAUAUUUCACCAAGGGCUGACUUUGCAGACACCAGAUGCUGUGAAGAGCUGUAUUUAUAUUCCAAUAUUAUUAUCAUUAUUACUACUACUACUACCAACAAUAAUAAUAAUUUCAGCUCACCCCUCAAAGCAACGAAGAGGCUCAUUUGCCCUGCUGUAAAUUAUAACACUGGAAAUAUCAUGGUCUGUGUCAUUAAUGUAAUCUAAUAUCUGAAAAUUGAAACAGUUUGUAGUUAUUGUGUAUUAUUACAUAUUGGAUAUUUUUUAAGGAAGGACUAUCAGACUUUUUCCUCAUUAGGGUUAUAGUAGUGUUCAUACAGCUGUCUUAUUUUGCAGGGCUAUUGUGUAGUACUGUAUAUGGCUGAAGUGGUAGUCAUAUUGCUGUGCAGGCAUAGGUUGCAUGUCGUAUACAGUGUUUCGUUUAUAGCCUAGAAGUCUAUAGAUGAACAUUUCUAUUGAGCCAAUAGGGUAAUUAUGAAUUUAAAUUAAAAGCCCAUUGCUUCUAGACUCA